UUGUUCAUGCCUUGGCGAAAUGAAUCCGUUGAUCUAAUAUCAGGGAUGGAGACAUUUGAGAAGUCAUUUCAUCUGAAGAAGUCGUUUCUUACGCACAAGGUCAUGGAAUAUGAAUUCAAUGCUGAACAGCUUGAUGCAGCUUUGCAAAUGGCAAAUGAGGACUUUUCAGAAGCUUUUGAUGAAUUGGCACCAGAUGCUCAGCAAAGAGAGGCAGAAGAUGAAAAUGAGGGAUCUCUUGAAUCUGAAAACUUUGUUCAAUUUAAUCCUGAGAGGCCUAUUGAACAGAGACAGUAUGAUAUAGGAUCUGACCUUGGCAUUCCAUCAACAAGACAAAUAACUGAAGAAAGUUCUGUUAGAUUACCAGACAAUGAAUACCUGAAACUUUUAGGAAGUCUAAAUGUAAAGCAGCGGGAAUUUUUCAAUCAUGUCCUGCACUGGGUAAAAACCAAGACAGAACCUAUUUAUUCAUUUUUAUCUGGAGGUGCUGGUGUUGGCAAAUCUGUUUUGAUAAGAGCACUUUAUCAAGCUCUGCACAGAUAUCUAUGUUCCACAGAAGGUGAAAAUCCAGAUGACAUAAGAGUACUUCUUUGUGCUUAUACUGGCAAAGCGGCAUACAACAUUGGAGGAGCAACUAUAGCAUCUGCUUUCCAUCAAAAAAUUAAUCAAAGUCAACAAAGCUUGCACUGUGAUGAAUUGAACACUUUUCGUACCAAGUACAAAAACCUAAAAAUGAUCAUUAUUGAUGAGAUAUCAAUGGUUGGUAAUAGAUCAUUAGCACUCAUUGACAGUCGUCUACAACUUCUCACAGGCAUCAAGAAACCAUUUGGUGGUAUAAGUAUCAUUGCUGUUGGUGAUUUUUUCCAACUUAAACCUGUGAUGGACCGUUGGAUCUUUCAAGAUUUAAAUCAUGAUGCUCAAGCUCUUGCAAACAAUCUCUGGAAGGAGCAUUUUUGCAUUUUUGAGUUGGAUGAAAUAAUGCGCCAGAAAGACGAUCUUGAGUUUGCUCAACUUCUAAAUCGCCUUCGUUACAAUAUCAUGACAGAAGAAGAUAUGAAUGUAAUACACAGAUGCAUGAUAACAGAAACGAGUGACAAUUAUCCACAUCAUGCUCCUCAUCUCUUUACACAGAAUUCUAAAGUAGAUGCAUACAACAAUCAGUUGAUUGAAAAACUUGAAGGAGAAAAGGUUACAGUGAAUUCAGUGGAUACAGUUCUAAAGGAUUAUUCAAAGGAACUUAAGGAAAAGCUGCUGAGAUCUCUAUCUAAAGCAGAUGAUGUUAGCAAAACUGCUAAUUUGAUGCAAAAACUGAUUCUUGCUAUUGGGAUGAUCUAUGAUAUCUCAGUCAAUGUUGAUGUAUCUGAUGGUCUAACAAAUGGAUCAACAUGUAAGGUACAAUUAAUUGAAAGAAGAAUAGAAGGAAUAUCAAGACCAAGCAUCGUGUGGGUCAAUUUUUUUGAUGCUGCUAUUGGAAAAAUUACUCGCAAGAAAUACAAACAUUUGUAUCAUGAUGGGAUUAAUGUGGACUGGACACCAAUUUUUGAAGUUCAGAGGUCUUUUGUAUUGAAUUACAAUACUUUUCAGAGAAUUCAAUUUCCGUUACGCCCAGCUGCAGGGAAAACAGUUCAUAAAGCGCAAGGUUGCACUGUUGAUGAAAUUGUAAUUGAUUUGUCUCAGACUAGAGUGAGGAAAAAUGCACAUAUUCACUAUGUAGCACUAAGUCGAGUACGAUCAGUGAAUCAUCUGCACAUCCUAAACUUCAAUGAGCAGGCAUUGGCUAUGGAUGAACAAGUGGUAGAGGAAAUGGAAAGAAUGAAAAAAGAUGUGCCGCUGCUACUUUGUUACGUCCCAUUAUACCAAGUUGACUUUAAUUCUUUUAAAAUUGCUUUCAACAACUGUAGAUCACUUCAUAAACACUUCCAACAAAUUCAAGAUGAACCAAAUAUUGUUGCAUCAGAUGUAGUUGGAUUCUCAGAGACAAGAUUAACUAGUGUUGAUGUAGCUGAAAAUUAUCAACUGCAGGGAUACACAGCAGUAUUUAACCAUGAGACUACAGAUAAUAUGGACAGGCGCCCUUAUCAUGGAACAGCAGUUUAUGUGAAAAAUGUCUACAACACAACCUGCAUCUCAAAGCUGAACACUGGUUCCAUGGAGUUCAUCAUGGUAAAUAUACAUGUAAACCAAAGUAGAGAUGUCCAAGUUGUAGUUAUUUACAAAUAUCCAUCUUGCUCUUUUGGGGAAUUCAAACAGGAUAUGAAUGUGCAUAUAAAGCCCUUGAUUGAUCAACAGAAAGACUUGGUAUUCUUAGGAGAUUUUAAUUUUGAUUUGUUUGCUGGGCAUACAGACUUUCUAACUUUUAUGGAAAGAGGCUUCAGCUGUAAACAAAUUGUGCGUAAGAUUACUCAUGACUCUGGUUCGAAACUUGACUUGAUUUUUACAAACAUAUCACCAUGUGAAACAGACGUGAUUGAAGCAUACUGGUCAGAUCAUAAAAUGGUGUACUGUGCAUUUGAUAAGACGUAAGCACUAAAUACAAUGGGGCACGAAAGUAAAAAAGAGCAGAGGGAGAUCCAUAAAUAUGCCCCCUCCCUCAAUCCUUUGUCCCAUCUUAGUAUACCCCUCAAAUUUUUGGGGGUAUACUGGAUUCAACAUGUCCAUCUGCCUGUGUUAUAUAUACUUUGGCAAAUUAAGGUUUCUUAUGAAAAAGAGAUCUGUCGUGAUAUAUCUAAUUGGAUGUAAUGAUUGUACAAGAUCAUUCAGUAAUUAAUAUGACUAAGAAGUUAAGUAUUCUUUGAUCCAAAACAUUUUAAAGCUUGAACAGUGGGUAAUUGUGUUCUUGACUCACUAGAGAUUAACAUGACCUUCAGCUAAUUACACGUCAGCAAAAUUCAGGCCAUCCCUUUGGCCAUUUGCAAUAAUUGUAGCUAGGUUACAGAGAUCAAAGUACAUGUAUGUCUUCUCUUAUUCCCUUGUUGGGGUAUUAGCCUUAUUUGGACAUUUUUAAAAACAACCCACUGUUUGAAAAUUUGAAUUUUGUACUUUAUCUUUGUAUUAUAUAACACAUCUGUUUUUAGAUGAAUACAUUUACCUUUUAGACCUGUUUGUUAAUUACAUAAUUAUUAUUGAAUUCUUAUUGUAUUUAUGUACAUGUAUAUAUAUUUACUUUCUUAAGAUUUUAUUCGUAAAAUUAGAUAAUUUCAUAUUUUUUGCUAUGACUACAAUUUGUGCUAAAUUCUUAAUGCAUAUUUAAAUUAAAAUGAAAGAUUGUCAUAUUCACGAAUAAUUGCUUUUUUGGCCAUUGUCAGUUGAUCAACUGUUGAUUUUAUAUCAGAAAAUUUGUAAAAUUGUUAACAUUUUUUCAAUCCACAUGUAUAUGUGUAACAACUUUACUGAAUGCCAAGUUUGUGAAAUUGAUUUUUUUUUACUUUAUUUUUUUUUUACAAGUAAUAAUCUACAUGUACAUGUAUAUUCAAAAUAAUAGUGCAUAAUAUCAUUUUGUAGAAUAUUGUAUUGGAUGUAUCUUGUCUAUUCUGUGUACAAUUCAGUGUACAUGUGUAUUACCAUUUAUAGAGUUCAUAUAUCUUACAUGUACAAACAAUAAUUAUGUUUCAGAAAUUGAGAAUCAUCUGCCCUUAGUAUGACAUUUGGAUUUAAAUACCGACAACACAAUUUUGUGUUGGGAAUUCUUUUAUCCUGAUAUUUUGUAAUCUUUCUUGAAGAACAUUGAAGGACACUCUUUGAUAGACUGCAGUGAUUGUGACUCUAGAGCAUUCCAUUAACUGUGAUUCGAUCUGACUCUUCCAGCUAGCCUUCUUUGUGUGAUACCCAUCUUCUCAUAAUUAAUGCCAGAUAUAUCAUUGCAAAAAUUAAAUAUGUGUCAUCGUAGAAAAUGGGGAAACCAUUAAGUUGAAUGUCUCCAUUGACUGCAUGCCUUUAAUCUUUUGCUGAAAUAUUUUUUUGCACUUUUACUUUGGAUUUGUGCCUGGUUGUUUAGUUUUCUUAAUUUGAUUAUAAGUUAGAAAAUCAUGAUAAGACUGCACAUACAAAAUAUUAGAUAUAUUUUACUUAAUGAUAAUAAUUCUUAUUUGUACUAUGAACUUCUUUGUAAAUUAUGCUUCUUAA